GGUAACCCAAGUUUGCCGCUGGGGUUAAACGUUUUGGCUUGCUUGGAGUUUCUGGCAUGUAGACUAGUUUUGACUUAAUUUGAUCCAUUAUUUACGUCCCUUAACUAAACAUAAUUUGCAAAUUUCUAAUUUAGUUUCACAUAUUUAAUCAAUUUUAUUAGUGAUGGCAAUAAGCCCAGAAUCAAAUUUCGACCUCAAAGCAGAUCCUGGAAGCGCAUCGUUUUCUGAUUCUGGUGUAAGCAGCAGUUUCUCUUUAAAAACUAAUGCGAGUGCCUCUGUCUCAAUCAUUCCUUCCCCUCCGUUAUCUGGAUUUCCUGGAUGCACAGAUUCAAAUGGUUCCCCAUCACUUGAUCAAUCAUAUAUAAAUUUCCCAAAUAAAACGUACCCAGGAUUUUCGGACUGUAGCAAUUUACCUAUGUCUGCUAAUCAUCCAUAUCCUUUGCCGUCCAGACAUUCUUUUCCCCAAGGUUUUUUACCAAGUCCACCGUCAGCCUAUGCUUCAAGUUACACCUCUUCACAUGGUGUUUCAAAUUCGUUUUACCAACGUCAGGUUCCGUCCACUAUUUGUUCAGCUCCUAACAACAGCUAUGGUCUGUCACAGAUAUUUCCUCAUGAUAUGUUACAAAAUUCCAUGCUUGUCAACAGGGAUCAACACAACGGUUCUGUUGGUUCGUUAGAAAGUCAUUUUUCCCAACAUCGUGACCAUGGACAGUUUCCAUAUUCAGAUCCGUUCCAUUCUUCUGAUUUACGUCCUCUUCACAUCACUACGUCACCUCGCCAGUUAGGUCCUCACAACAGUCAUACUAAUAUGGGUGAUGUAACUUGUACAGAUUCUCUUGGAAAAAUUUCACCUCGAGAUUCUCCUAAUGGCGUACCCGAUCAUUCUAUUACGCCUUGUGGAACAGUCAGCUCUGGUCCUGGGUCAUUGGUUAACUGCAGAUCGUCUAGAACCAUAGAAAGAGGUUCUGAAGUAUCUGCUGCUGAUAGUAAUUCUAACGUUGGAUCCAUAAAGGCAACAUUCACUCCUUGCAAGGUAUGCGGCGACAAAGCAAGUGGCUACCACUAUGGGGUGAUUUCUUGUGAAGGUUGCAAGGGUUUCUUUCGUCGAAGUAUUCAAAAACAAAUUGAAUACAAGUGUUUAAGAGAUGGAAAAUGUCUUGUAAUACGUUUAAAUCGUAAUCGUUGUCAAUAUUGUCGUUUUCGUAAAUGUCUUGCUGCUGGUAUGUCAAAAGAUAGUGUACGAUAUGGUAGAAUGCCCAGACGAACACGUGGUUCUGACUGUGGAAGAGAUAAUUCAGACCAGCUAAUGUCAUUACCGCAUAAUUCAUCUACAAAUUCAAUGAGAAUUGAUUCAACUAUUGGUAAUGGUAGUGGACAUGUUUCCGCUUUUAUUCCACCACCUUCGUGUACAUCAGAAUUAUCAGGUAAUUCGGCAGUAGUGGGAGCAGCGGCUGUGGCAACGACUACAACAACCACAACUACGACUACUGGUCGUUAUGGUGUAUGUAGUAGACCAGGGAAUGAUCAUCUUGGUUUAUAUGAAACUAUACUAACUAUAAGUCAAGCUUAUCAAAAUUUCUCUCCAUAUACCGAUGAAAAGAUUAAAGUUAUGCGAUGCAGACCAAUCACUUUGUCGAAUGUAACACGUGAAUUUUGGCCUGAAAAAGUGGAUGAGCAUCGAUUACGUAUGCAUGAAGAAUUAAGUCAAUUAUUAGCACCAUGUAUACAACAAGUUGUAGAAUUUGCUAAACGUAUCCCGGAAUUUAGUUCACUUGGUCAACCAGAUCAAUUAGUAUUAAUUAAAGCGGCAUUUUUUGAAGUAUGGCUUGUUCAAGCAUCACGUUUAAUAUCAACACAUGAUCGUAAAAUAACAUUGGCUGAUGGUAAACAAAUUACUAAACAAGAAUUAGAUUUUAUAUAUUCACCGAGUGUCGUGUGUUCAAUAUUCUCGUUCUCCGAAAAUUUCAAUUCAUUAGUGCUGAAUGACACCGAAGUUGCUCUUUGUUGUGCUGCUGUCAUCACUAAACCAAAUCGUUAUGGUUUGAUUGAACCGAAUAAAGUAGCCAUUAUGCAAGAUCAUCAUUUAGCUGCUCUUCGUAUGCAAUUAGAACGUAAUAGACCAAGAGAGUCUACCUUAAUUGGGCAAGUACGAAAUGUGAUUAAUCAAGCGACCACAGUUGGGGAUGAAGUACAAUUAUGUAUUCGAUGGUAUAGAGAAAAUUGGUAUCGUACACGAUUAGCACCAUUAUAUGCUGAAACAUAUGAUAUUCCACAUGAAGAUACUUCUACUGUACCUAUAUCCAAUCAUGGUGCAUCAACACCUCUUCCUAAUCCUUCUCAACAUACAGGUAAUUCAUAUCCUAUAUGCCCAAAUAUUUCGUCUGUUUGCCCACAAGCUAUUCCAUAUGGUGAUGUCACAAAUACAACACCAUUAAAUUAUGGUUCUUCAACAGCAUCUAUUCCACAAGCUGUUCAUCAUCAUUAUCCAAACCAAUCUAUUAAUAGAUCGGAUAUUUCCAAUAUGAUACCAUCUUGUUCAAUUAACGGAAAUAUGGUUUACUGCAAUAAUAAUAACAAUGGAAAUAGAAUUCAAACUGGUAAUAUUGAUCAUUGUUCUUCUGAUGGUCAAAUACACGAUGUUACUCAAAAACAAAACUCACAACAUCAAAUUCAUCAACAAUCACAUUUAAUUCCAGAUUCAUCUCAUAUGAGAGGAUCUUAUUCGUCAACUACAAAUUUAACAUCAUCAAAUUCUGAUUCACCUUUAAAUAAUCAAUCACAUGCAUUUUCUGGACAAUUUAAUUAUCAUGAUAAUUCAAUAACCUAUAAUCCAUCCAAUUCGAAUACAUAUUCGAAUUCCAGAGAUUGUUCUCCUUCUUCUACACAAAUGCUUUCAACAAACUACUUGGUGCCAUCACCUCAACAACAACAACACCAACGAAGUCAAGUAUCUGUUUUACAAUCAUCUCAAUACUCUUGUUCUUCAGCAAUAACCUCACCUCAACGUCAAGUCACCUCAUCAGUACAAUCAACAGGAAUGAUAUCGACACAAAAUCAAAAUGAUCAUAUGAAUUUAAAUAAAUCGGUAAUUUCGGUUAAAAACCAUAGUUCACGUUCUAAUACUCCUACAUCUUACAAUAAUAAUAUAAUUCAUCCUAGUAGUACAAAUGAAAGUUUGCCAUCUUUAUGGACAAAUAUGAAUACCGACAGUAAUAAUAAUAAUAAUGGUAAUAAUGGUCUAAGUGAUCAUGCAAUCAGUUCAAAUGGUGGGACACCAGAAAUCCAACAGCAAUCACAUCAUCAACAAUAUCAUACCUCACCAAUCUCGCAGUCAGAUCUAAUGAAUAAUACUCCUGACACUAAGCAUAAUUUAAAUGCAUUAUCACCUAUUAAUGAAACUUUAUCAUGUGAACAACAAGAUACAUAGAUAUCUGGUGAAUUAUUAUAAUUCGAAAUUUCUCUCCGGAAUUAUAUGUAAAAUAAAACUUGUCAAUAAUGACUAUCCAACUUCUUAUCAUUGAUUAACAUACAGAAAGAAAGAAAACAAUUCUUAAGACUUCAUUUUAUAAUCAACAUAUUUGUAUUCAAUCCUUAUCCUUGCAAAUUGAAUUCUUCUUCUAAUUCUCAGGGAAUUCUCUAAAAGAAACCAACAAUUUUAUUUCUAAGCAUUACGUAAUAGAAAACCAAAAAAAAACAAACAAACACACAAAUGUAAUCCAGUCACAAUUACUUACAUGUUCAUGAAUUAUACAAAAUUACAUUCAACUACAUACAUACUUAUGAUGUAUGGAUACAUACAUGUGUUUACAUGUCACAGGGAUUAAUUUAUUGCGGUUCACUGUAUUUUCCUUUUUUUUUUAAUUACAAAUAUUCAUCUCAGGGACUAGAGAUUAAUUAUGUCUUUUAACUUUUUGUUAAAAGUUUUCACACUUUCACACUGUUCCUUUCCACCUAACCAACUCUUCCUAUUACUGCUAAUAUUAUCAGCGAAAUUAUUUAGAGUUUAAAAAAAAACAAGUAUAUCAAGAUAUGGAACAAUAUUGUAUUAUGUUAAGUAGUCUUGAACUGUCUAUUCAACUCUUUGAAUGUAACAUUAUUACUUAUUAUUUCAUUUAUGACAUUUGUAUUUAACUUAUCUCAGGGCUUAUAACGUUUCAUUGAAUGUUCUACAAAUAUUUUAUGUAGCUAUACUAUUAUUAUUAUUAUUAUUAUUAU